AUGAGUGAAACAACAAGAGAAGAUGAUGAUGCAAUGACCACCAGUAGUGCAGGUGUUGGUGUGGAAUCAGCAGCAUUGGAACAUCAUCAUUCCGAAAAUGAUAAGCAGUAUUUCAAUUCAUAUUUUGAUUGUGGUGUGCAUGAACUCAUGAUCAAAGACAAACCUAGAACCGAUGGAUAUUUGAAUGCUAUUAUUGAAAAUUCACACGUUUUUAAAGAUAAAGUGGUGUUGGAUGUGGGAGCAGGAACUGGGAUUUUGAGCUUAUUUGCUGCCAAGUAUGGUGGUGCUAAAAAAGUCUAUGCAGUGGAAGCAAGCCCAAUGGCUACUUUUACUCAACUUUUUGUUGAGCACAACAAUAUGCAAGAUGUGAUUGAAGUCAUUCAUGGAAAAAUUGAGCAAGUUGAAUUGGGUGUUGAAAAGGUUGAUAUUAUCAUUAGUGAGUGGAUGGGAUUUUACUUGCUUCAUGAAGGAAUGCUAGAGUCAGUAAUUUAUGCAAGAGAUAAAUGGUUAGACAAGGAACAUGGAUAUUUAUUUCCUCAACAAGCCAUUAUUUACAUGGCUCCAUGUGAAAUGAAUAAUCUCUAUAAGGAAAAGAUUGAUUUUUGGGGAGAUGUCUAUGGCUUUGACAUGAGCGCAAUCAUGCCCAUGGCCAUGUAUGAAUUAGCAGGAAAGUCUAAAGUCGACGUUAUUUCUCCAUCUCAAUUGUUAAUCAAAAAUCCCAUUGUAGUGAAGGAACUAGAUUUAAAAACUGUGACAAAAGACGAUUUGACAUACAUUGAUUGCGAGUGUCACAUUACCAUUGACAAUAUUACCGAUGAAUCUACUCAACAAUUUGUUCAUGGAUUUUGCAUUUGGUUUGAUGUCAUAUUCAUGCCAAAAACAGUCACCCUUUCCACAUCACCGUUUGCUCCAGCUACUCAUUGGAAACAAACCAUCAUGAUGCUUCCGCAACCUCUUCCAAUUCCCUCCUCAAAGAAGUUGCCAAAAACAACAUUGGUAAUGACUCCAAGUGACUCGAAUGAAAGACAUUAUGAUUUAUCUCUGGACAUUCCAGAUGCUUUUAAGGAAAAUGAUCAAUUGGAGGAAGAUGAAGACGAGUUGGAUUUAAAGGAAAUUAUUCUGCGUCAAUAUGCUGCUGAGAUGGAAGAAGAUCCCGAAGAGGACGAACAAUAA